UUUGGUUUCAACUCCUUUCCUGACACUUUCAAAUAAUUCCUCAUUCAUCUGUCAUUUAUUCUUCAUGGGAGUAACACAAUGAACUGGAUAAUUAGUGCUACAAUAUCCUUGUUAGUCUUAAAUAUUGCACUUGGCUUCAAUAUUGAACCUGUGGCUUGGAAGACCCUGAGGAGCUCUGCUGCUGGUUUUGGCUACCAGGUGGUUCAAAGACAAUCGGAUUUGCUUGUCAGUGCCCCAUUUGAACAGUGUUCACAAAAUGGAAGGGGGAAAAUAUAUAUUUGCACCACUUCUCACCAAAGCUGCCAAAACAUGCAAUUUGAAGCACCAAGAUUUGCAGUCAACAUGUCCCUUGGUUUGACGAUGAAAAGUGAUCCUACAACUGCAAACACUGUGGUGUGUGGUCCAACCAUUCAAAAGGAUUGCAGAAGUAUCACCAUGUACAAUGGUGUGUGCUUUCAGAUAGACAGUGUUACUACAUUUGGAUCUCCCAUACCUUCUUCUCUUCGAGAGUGCCCACCACAAGUAGACAUUGCCUUUCUGUUGGAUGGUUCAGGCAGCGUAUCGUCUCCUGAUUUUCAAAAAAUGACGAAGUUUGUGAAAGAUCUAAUCCAAUCAUUUGUCUUAAAUGAUGCACAGUUUUCUGUUUCCCAGUUCUCUACUUCACCAUGGGUUCACUUUUAUUUUAAAACAUUUUCUUCAUCUGGAUCAGUGGAGACUGACAUCAAUGAAAUCAAGCAAUACAGGGGAGCUACCUUCACAGCUAAGGCCAUCAGACAUGUUGUAAACACUGUUUUCAUACCAAAAGAAGGUAUGAGACCUAGUGCAAGGAAGGUCUUGAUAGUAAUUACUGAUGGACAAUCUAAUGACCGGACUUAUCUGGAUGGUGCAGUACAGCUAGCAGAGAGUAAAAACAUUGUUCGAUUUGCUAUUGGGGUGGGAAAUGCAUUCACUAAAACUGAAGCAAAACGAGAACUGCACACCAUUGCAUCAUCUCCUUCAGACAAAUAUGUGUUUCAAGUGGAGAAUUUCGACGCACUUGAAAUAAUAAGACAAAAUUUGCAGGAAAAAAUUUUCUCCAUUGAAGGAUCUCAAAGCAGUGGAGAGACACUGAAAAUGGAAAUGUCUCAAGAGGGAUUCAGUGCAGUUUAUGUGCCUGAGGGAAUUCAGAUGUCUAUUGUUGGUGCAAACCAGUGGAAGGGAGGCUACGUGCAAUACACAACAGGAGGGGAGAAGCUGAAAACAUAUGAGGAUGUGUCUUUGGAGCCUGACAGUUAUCUUGGUUACUCCAUGGCAAUUGCUAAAACCCAAAGUGGCUCACUGACAAUGGUUGGUGCUCCAAGAUAUAAACACAGAGGAGUUGUGGUCGCUGUUAACAGACAAAGCUUUGAAAACCAAAAGAUUGAGCCCUUUUCAUCACAGUAUCAGACUGGUGAAUAUUUCGGGGCAGAGGUGUGUACCAUGGACAUAAAUAAUGAUGACAUCACUGAUCUAAUCUUCAUAUCAGCCCCAAUGUACAUGGAGCCUGAUAGAGAGGGAAGAGUUUAUGUUUGCAGAUUAACUGGUUUGUUUGUGGAGUGUCAUUUUGAUGAUCCAUUAGUACUAAGAGGACAUGCAGCUGUCAAAGGAAGGUUCGGCUCUUCUCUUGCUGUACUGCCUGAUCUAAACUCAGAUGGAUUCAGGGAUUUGGCAGUUGGAGCACCUUUGGAGAAUCAUGGUGAAGGCAGCAUCUACAUAUUUAAUGGUGAAGGAGGAGGAAGAAUCAGUCCUACUUACUCACAGAGAAUUACUGGCUCUGAGGUCGAGUCAGGACUGAAGUUCUUUGGUGUAUCAAUCAGUCAGUCAUCUUUUGACCAGAGUGGUGAUAAACUACCUGAUUUAGCGGUGGGUUCAAAGGGCAAAGUUGUCUUACUGAGAUCAAGACCUAUAGUAAUGGUUAAAGCUGAGGUGUCUUUCAGCCCAAACGAAAUCCCUACUCAGAAUACAACCUGCUCAGAACCACUGGAGAACACAGCUACAGUCUGCUUUACCAUGAGCAGAGUGUCUACAGUCAACACAGCUGAAGCAAGGAUUAAUUAUACUUUAACCCUGGAUGCCACUCGCAAACCUCCAAACAACCGAGCGUACAUCAGUGGGAAACAACAAGCGAAAUCUGGAUCAGUUGCUGUGAACUUAACCAGCAAACUGUGUUCAACUGUAAAAUUCUUUAUUGAGGCCUGUCCAGAAGAUGCUGUCAGUGAACUUUCCAAUGAGCUCAAAUUCACAUUUGAUGGUUUGCCUUCAAAAAAACUUAGACCAAGUCUCGCCCCACAGGCUCAAGCAACAGCUAUUCAUCCUUUAGGGUUUGAGAUCAACUGCGGCACUGACAACAAAUGUGUUGAUAACUUAAAAGUGGAUUUCAACUUCACCAGAUCCUCAGAGGUUAAAGUGGGCAUUGAUGAGCUUUUGAAUGUCACAGUCACAGUGGAGAACAGAGGAGAAAACUCCUACAACAGUCGUGUUAUUCUCACGUACCCAGCUGGACUCUCCUACAGGAAGUUCACCAUUCAGCAGGGAAGAAUUGCGUGCAACUCGUUGGACAGUGAAGAUGGUUUAUCACGAGGAAGGACAGACUGCACUAUUGACAAACCAAUUUUCAAAAGCAAAACAAAGGCUUCCUUCAUUGUCUCCUAUGGGAUUGACACCAAUAGUCAACUUGAGAGGAAGAUCUUUGUCACUGUGAAUGCCACCAGUGGAAAUCAGGAGCAUGCCACAACAAGGGAACUCUACAAAAAGACAUGGGUUGAUGUGAAAUACAGCAUUUUUAUGACAUUUGAAAACUCCCUCAGCUACAACAAUUUUACAUUUGGGAUGAACGAUUUGCAGAAACCAAUCCAACAAUCGGUCAAGGUUACAAAUGAUAUCAGAGCGCUUAAUUUCACUGUGGUGAUCAGGGUUCCAGUGAAGCUUGGUGAAAAAGACAUUUGGGCGGAUUUAAGCAGUCUAAGGAUUCCAGAUUGUCAGAGAGGAAUUGAUGAAGAACCACCUGUGAAAGUUUUUGUUCCUGAGAUACAAAAAAAUAAAGUUGUGGACUGCUCUGUAGCCAAGUGCAGAGUGUUCAAGUGCAGCACAUCCAUGGGAAUACGGGAGAGUAGGACAUACAAAAUCUCUGCCAACCUCAGCUCAGGAUGGAUAGAGCAGAUUGGACUUCAAUCUGCCAGAUUCCUCUUGACCAGCACAGCCAGACUGGAGUACGAUGAAAACCAGUACAUCUACUUUUCAUCAGGGUCUAACAAUAAUCCUCCUGUUCGCAAGAUUGAAGCAGAGGUAGAAGUGUAUCCUCAGCCAAAUUUCACCAAAGAGAUCAUUGGAGGAUCCCUGGGAGGGCUGGCUUUUCUAGCUUUACUCACUGCUGGCCUGUAUAAGGCUGGAUUUUUCAAGAGCAAAUACGAACGGAUGAUAAAUGAAAAUGAAGAAGAGAGUCCAGGUCCAGGGGUCGAUGCAGCUGCAAAACCUGCUGAAUAACAAAGAUCACAUUUGUAGUCUGGAUCCUCGAAAUCUUUCAUAACAUUUUAUUAAUAAAAAUGAUGCCCCGGAAAUGUCCAAAUGCUUGCUGUGUCUAAACUACAUCACUCCUUGACUAAUUGACCCAAAAAAACGUUUCUACCUAGUUGUCAGGACCAUCAAAACAGGAUCCCAAAAUAAACCGAAAGGCAAAAUCUUUUUCAGGACUUGAAACGUGUUCAGAUUAAACCUGUUCCAACUGACAACUACAAUUUUCUUGAACAGAAAAAAAACAUUUAAAUGAUCAUGUAUUGGAAAAUGUGUGAAAUUCAACUGAGAUGCUUAAAAUUUUGUAAUGUUACUUGUUUUA